UUGUCCACUAGAUUACGUAAAAGUAUAUGAUGGUCUCGAUAAUUCUACUGCAGUUAUUGGUACAUAUUGCGGGCAGCAACGAAAUUUAGUAUUAUAUUCUUCAGAAAACAGCUUGUUCGUGCUGUUUAUUACAUUAAAGCGCACGGCAAAUACACAAAAUCGAGGAUUCAAAGGUAUCUUCGAAUUUUCGGAGAGUUUUGUUAGUUUAGAUUUCAUAACAGAAUACCAGGGCGAACACAUCCGUGGAUCUGAAUGCGAUCAAAAGAUCCUUAGCAAGAAAGAAACGUCAGGAUUCGUAGUUAGUCCAAAUUUUCCAUAUCCUUAUAUACCUAAAGUCGUUUGUCGUUAUUUUAUCUAUGGCAUGCAGGACUCGCAACAUCUGGAACGCGUACGAUUGGAAUUUAUAAAGUUUACAAUACAGAUACCCAAAGGCGAGACGACAUGCACUGACGGUUAUCUAAAAUUAUAUUUAAAAGGUCAGGAAGCAACAGAUUCUUACGAUAAAUUCGAUUACGAAAUGUGUGGAAACAAGAGCAAUCCCAGCCAUAUAGUUAGUGAUGGGCCAAGACUCGUGAUGGUCUUUAGUAGUGGAGAAUUGCAGGCACAGGGUUUUAAAGCUAAGUAUGUUUUUGAAACAGAAUAUAAGAUACCGGGCACUGCAGCACCCGAUGGCAGUUGUAGCUUCACUUAUCUCAGUUCGUCUCGCAAACGUGGCGAAUUUAAUUCACCACGAUAUCCUAGCAAUUAUCCAAGCGACACGAAUUGUACAUAUUUCUUUCUGGCAACACCAAACGAGCAAGUUGCUCUGAUUUUCGAUCACUUUAAGGUUCGCACGAAAAAUGAUAAUGUGACAAUUGGACAUUAUGGACACGAAUUCUGUCAGGAAGAUUGGCUCGAAAUUUACAAUAUGUAUCGAGACGAUACAGAGAAGUUGAUAGGAAGAUAUUGUGGCGGAACGGCACCAGGUCCCGUAGAAUCGAAUCUUGGUGCACUUGGUUUAAAAGUAAUUUUACAUUCUGACUCUGAGCUUGUCUACAGUGGCUUCAAGGCGCGUUAUACUUUUGAGAUUGCUAAACCUAUUUUUGGAGAUUGUGGAUCAAAUAUUAGUAGUUUAAAUUAUGGUGUAAUAACUAGUCCGAAUUUCCCGAAUAAAUAUGAUGGUCCGGCAAGAAAUCUAACUAGCAAAACUUGCAACUGGUUCAUAAGGGUUCGACCAAAUCAUCAGAUACUCUUAAACUUCGAGCUUUUUUCUGUAGAAGGUGACCAAUUAGGUAACGUAUACAUGAAUUUAUUAUGA